AUGGUUAGAAAAGAUAAAAAAAGUACAAUUUGUGUAUGCUGUAAUAGUAGUCUUUCAACACCACAAAAACUUCGUCAGCAUUAUGCUAGCGAUAAAAAUCAAUGUACUCAAUUAUCUACUCCUAUUCAAGAUAAAUUAGAACUUAUCAAUACUCGAGAAACUUUACGUGUUGCAGAGGCAUGGAACAUAGACAAUGAAUCAAAUUCAGAAGAUUCCAAUAAAAAUUCUCAGGAUAGUUAUACUCCCAAUACAGAUAUGACAACAAUUCCAGAUUUAUCAAAAGCUAUAGAUGGUUAUUUAGAUAAUCCUAGAACAGACAGAAGGAUUUUAGUUGACCAAAUAAAAAGAGCUACAAGGCAAAUUCGUCGAAAAUAUACUAACGAUCAAACUUAUUUAAUAAACGAGCAACAGAAUCGAUAUAAUGCUGAGACAGAACGAGAUUUACGUCAAACCGAUUUAGAUAACGCCUUGAAUGAUCUUAAUUUGAUGACAAUGGCAUAUAACAAUGAAAGAAAUACACGCCAACAAUAUUUUUUAGAAUUACAACAAUGUC